AGACCUCAAGCACGACAUUUUAGAAAAGCUUGCAUCUACUAUGUAUAGUUUUAAGGCUUACCCAAGUGAUAAAGAAAUUGCAAAAGCUGCUGAGGAAGCAGGAUCUGAGACUGGCUGGAAUGGAUGGAAAAAUAGCAUCAAGUUUAAGAUGGGCAAUUAUAGGACCAAGAUGAGACGGGCUGGAUGUCAGGAGGUCACUGUUAAUGCUGGAAAAAGAAGUAGAAGUAAUCCUGAUAAUGAACCUUCACAUUCCAACAUUAAAAGACCCAAACGAGCAGAAGUCAACUUCCUACCAAACUUUCCCCAAGGAAAGGAUCCUUCAAGCCUUGACCAGUUGAGGCAAGCAAUUGUUGAAGAAGUCAAGAAGGCUGAGAAGAACCUGCCCCUCAUUAGAAAGUUGAUGGAGACCACAUUUCCCCUGCGCAGACAAACCAUAGUGAUGUCCUGCCCACCAGUGAAGGAGCUCUUGGACCUCGGGCCUGCUCUAAAAAUGGAGUCUGAGUUGUAUGCAGAGUUUCAGCGGAUUACAAAUCAGAACCUGCCCAAUACAUUCUACUCUGAACUUGACCGCCAUCUUCCUCGACUGAUGACCUUAUUCAGACAGAAGGCAUCAAAAACUGGGAAGACAGCAGAUGCCCUGGCUGAAAUUCUAAGAAUUCACGAUGAACUGAUGUGA